AUCGACUUCAAUAUCACUCAAGUCACUACACAAACAAAUCAACUCGAACCACCAACCACACAUCCAUCAUGCCUUUCACCGCCAGCGAUAUCUGCAAGAUCCUUCUUGCCAUCAUCCUGCCUCCUGUUGGUGUUUUCCUCGAGCGCGGCUGCAACGCCGACUUCCUCAUCAACAUCCUUUUGACCGUCCUUGGUUACAUUCCUGGUAUCAUCCACGCUCUGUACAUCAUAUUCAAGUUUUAGCGGAGUCGCACAUCAAACCGAACGAUGCAGGCAUAACGACCAUGUCUCUCUACGAUACCCAUUCCCUGUUUCUUUUGGCCGUCCAAGGCCCGGACUCGUCUGCCGGCUUUCCGGUACGAGUGACACCUCGCAUAUGAUGGUUGGGUGUUUCGGUCCAUCCGGUUGAUGUCUUGGCUACAGCUCUGUUUACUCAUUCACGAAAGGCGUCUUGGUUCUUGGCAUAGUUUUGCAAGUCUCGAGCGUUGGGAGGACGACUGUUGCGCUCAGCUGAGCGUAGCAUGAUGACUUAAUCAAAUAAUCUUACAACCAC